UGAUGACAAAAGCUUCUGAAUGUGAUGAAGCUUAUCAAAUUGCUAAAGAUGGAUUUUGGAAAAUGUCAGAACAAAUGGAUGUAUGUUGUCAAGGGAAAAAGAAAAUGAAAGAAGUGCGUAUUGAAGAACAUUGUAGUGUGUAUCAAGAUGUUGACACUAAUCCAUCUGAAAUUGCCUAUAAUAAAAUAAAAGGCAUCAAAGUGAAAGAAAAAGUCACCUACAAGUCGAGCAAGAGACCAAGGAGUGCACUAGAAAUGGCUACUAAGAAACGCAAGUACAAGGUGAAGGAGAAGUUUUCAUCGAAAAGAUUACAGGAAUUUGGAAUUUCAAUAGAAGACAUCUACAAUAGGCGAAAUCCCACAAACAUGACACAAUUAUUGCAAACGUUGGACCCUAACUUAACCCAAGGCUAUGAUUUGAUGUCUUCAAGUUCAAUAGCACACCACCAGCGUCAAUGAGUUUUGUAGGG